AUGAAAUUAUGAAGCGUCAUACUCCAAAAUCAGUUCCAAAAUUAUCUAUGACAUCAGCCUGUGCUCAGGUCACUUCGUCACCCCAGUAUUAAUACUUGUUUGGAGUAGUGUUUCAUGCCAACAGGAACAGAAGCACAUGCUGGCUGAUAUGGGAGUUCCCUGAGUUCUUCAAGUGCUUGCUGAAAUAUGAGUCACAUGUUACCUAAGAGUGAUAGUGUCAUUGUCAGGAAGUGGACAGCAGUUUACUGAAACCACGGUCACAGCUAGGGAGUCUCAGUGUGAAAGAACAUGGACAUAUCUCCCCUGAGAUUUGACUCCUUUCCUUUUUUGUAUGACUGUGGAUUGUCUGCACUGUAUAAGAAGACUUAACAAGAGCACACAUCCCUCCAGAAGAGAAGGCUAAAGAGAGGACUGUGGAAGGUUUGGACGACGCAUAUUCCAACUUCUUUGACUACAAGGAAACAACCGGUGUACUAAACACCCAGGAGCUGGUCUACUAAACUGCGUGCUUGAACCAGUAGCUUUAAACACAAUGGGACUGCAUGGCUCCAAAUUUCCCUCCAAAGCUCAGAUUCUAAUGCUUGGCCUCGAUGGAUCUGGAAAAUCCACCCUGCUCUACAAGCUGAAAUACAACGAGGCUGUAGUGACCGUUCCCACUGUGGGCUUCAAUGUGGAGAUGGUGGAGACCAAAGAGAAGGGCUUUGUGCUGACCGUGUGGGAUGUCGGGGGCCAGCAUCUGAUGAGGGCUCACUGGGAGCAUUACUAUCAGGGCACAGCAGGACUGGUGUUUGUGGUGGACAGCAAGGACAAGAAACGGAUGGUCGAAGCAAAGCAAGAACUGGAGAAGAUCCUGGGAAAUAAAAGUCUGAAAGGCCUUCCGUUAAUUGUGCUAGCCAACAAGCAAGACUUGCCUGGAGCCGCAAGCGCCGGAGAUGUUGCAGAGAUCUUAAACUUGAAGGAGAUUUGUGGCAACAGACACUGGUUUCUUCAGUCCUGUUCUGCCAAGACCGGUGCUGGUUUAGAGGAGUGCUUCAGGAUGAUGGCUCACUUUCUUAAGACUGCAGGAGGAGAAGGAGAGGAAUGUCUACACAGAGGAAGGAAAUCGCUUAAAGCGAAGACACAGCAGGAUUACUGGUAAAUUGAACCACUGUUAAAAUCACAGUGACAUGCCAGGAAAAUGCCUUCACAGCAUAACAAAGCCACAAAUUUCUCCUUUAAUUCAUUACCUCUCUGCAAAUGUGGUAUGAAAUUCUAUGAUCUAUGUUCUGCACUUUAUUUUUAUAAUAACUAAAUAAUAGAUGCUUCUACAUUCUUACCUGUAAAUUUACUUGUUCAAAUACUUGUUCUUUUUUUAUUCUUUUUACUAUUCCAUUUAAUUUUUUCUGAAUUUCUUGAUUUAUUUGUAUAUUUCUGUUCGUCAAAGUUCAA